UGGAAGGGUGUCACUGUAUAUCCUAGCAUUUCCAUGCAUUGCAUUAACAGCUUUAGCUUCCAAUAUCUAGUCAGCAAAAACCUGCGCCACCUACUGGACUGGAGGGCGUCAUAACACACCCUUAUUACAAGAUGUCUAUUGCGCAUCUUCUUUGUGUAUGCUCACAGUUCCGCGUUUUUCCCUCCGCCCAGAUAUCGCUCCACCCACAUACGUUUGUUUCCAUGGCUUUGCAUUACGUCUUUGCAGGCAGUAGUAACGUUCGUGUUCUAGUCAGUUUAGGUUCAAGGUGCUAAAGCUUCGCAUGACUCCAUGGCCAUGGAUGCUUAUAAAGUUCAAAUCUGGGCAAAGACAGACCCGUUCUUGAUAGGAGCGCUGCAGUUUCCUCCGCCGGCUAAGUUUAACAUGCACUACUUGCGGAAGAUGGCAACUUAUGUGAGGACCCGCUCGGCAGAAGGCUGCUACCCGCGCCUCAACUGGACGAUGUGGCGUCACAUAGCGUGCGGAAAGUUGCAGCUAGUGGAGGACACUGCCUGGCUGUACUUUGAGGCGUUUCAUAGCCUGACUGAACGGAGCGCCCCCAAGAGUCUAGAGUGGGCUGAACGUGUCUCCAGCUGCUCCUCUGUUGACGAGUACGAGAAGGUUAAGAGCAAGCUCUCGGUGGAUACCCUACAGUUCCUCCUAUUCCUUUAUAUACAACAAAUUAAUAAGGUCUCUCUUCGUACUUCUCUGAUUGGAGAUGAAUGGCCGAGUCCUAGGGCAAGAUCGCCUACUCCUGAUUUAGCCGGGCAGUCAAACUUUCAUAAUAAGAACUGGGAUGACUAUGGCCACCAUGCAUUCAUGCAGAAUCACAUACCAUAUCUUUUGGAGAUGCUUUUGGAGCCUGAUCAGCUCACUAAAUCUUCUCACUCAAGUCAUUGUAGUCUUUUAUCCCUUGAAGCUGCUCAAGCUCUUGGCUUCCUUCUUGAAGGAACAGUAGACAAAAAUAGAACUGUCCAUUCUUUUAUUGAUUUAGCCCUUUGGCAGCCAUUGCAAAAUGUUAGUGGUUAUUCAAAGACAAGUGAAACGUUCUCCCUUAAAAAGUUGCAAGCCUGGAUAAAGGAAUGCUUUGUGGUUAAUCCAUUUGGAAUGUCUACAUGUAUCAAGUCUGGAAGAAAACUGGCUUGGGCACAACAGAUUGAUGGCUCAAACAGAAAAGCAAAAAUUGUUUGCAAUGUUUAUAAAGUGCCACGUGGUAAUCAUAUGGUUCUGAUGAGUUAUAUACACAGACAAACACUGGCUAAAAGUUCUGAUACUUUGGUGAGUGCUAAUGUUAAACUCACUCACUGCAAUGAGUCUUUCAUUUAUCUACUAUCUCCUUUAAGGUGUGUUACCAUUGAAAAAUGUAGAAAUAGCACAAUUAUUCUUGGACCGGUGCAAAGUGUUCUACAUGUUCAAAUGUGCGACCAUGUAAAAGUAAUCAGUGUUUGUCAGCGCCUGUCACUCUUGUCUACAUUAAGCUGUACUUUCCAUAUACUUACUCCUACAAGGCCCCUUUUGUUCUCUGGUAAUCAGUGCGUUGUAUUUGCUCCCUUUCACACUCAUUAUUCAAUGUUAGAAGAUCAUAUGGGACAGACUGGUUUAGCCACCUUGCCUAAUUAUUGGGACAGACCUCAGCUUCUAUCUACAGAGAAUGACAAUCAGGUAUGGAAGCUCAUGUCACCACGCGAGUUUUAUUCAUUUGUUAUUCCAUUUGAAAUGGAAGGGGACACAACUGAGAUUCCAGGAGGUCUUCCACCUGUGUUCCAGAAAUCAAUGGAUCAAAGACAACAGAAAGUACAGAUGUGGCAGAAAGCUGUCAAGGAAGCUAAAUUAACCAGGGAGCAGCGAAGGCAUUUUCAAACAAUUGUUGAACAAAAAUUCAAUGAAUGGCUUGUUAAGACUGGAAAUCGACAUCAGUUGGAUAGCCUUGUGUCUCCUAGUGAUGGGACAAAACAAGUUGCUGGAUAAAACACAUCUUGACCUAAAUAAAACUUCAGAUUGGUUGAUACUGAUGUUGUUAAGUGUUCAUCGAAUAUGGAAGAAGAAAGAUAGAUCUAUUAAACACUGGAUCCAAAUUUGAAGAUAGAUAUCUCCCUCUGUGUCUCUUUUCUUUUCUCCCUUCUUA